AUGGAUCAAUCUGAAAAUUCGGUGAAUUCGGCUUUAAACAUGGUUGCCCCGAUCUUCGACGGGGAAAACUAUGAGGUUUGGGCCGUCAGAAUGCAAGCGUUUAUGGAGGGUGCCGAUCUUUGGGAAGCUGUUGAGGAGGAUUACGACGUUCCUCCAUUACCGGUAAACCCGACGACAAACCAACUUAAGAAUCACAAAGAGAAAGUGAUGAGGAAGGCGAAGGCGAAAUCGUGCAUGUUUGCUGCAGUUUCUCCCUCAAUCAUGAUCAAGAUUAUGAAGCUUCAAUCGGCGAAAGGUAUGUGGGAAUUUCUGAAAAAGGAGUACGAAGGGGAUGAAAAAAUUCGAGGAUUGAAGGUUCUGAAUUUGCUGCGAGAAUUCGAACGACAGAAAAUGAAGGAAAACGAGUCUGUGAAAGAUUAUAUCGAUCGUCUUGUCGAUAUAAUCAACAAGGUAAGAAUUCUUGGCACCGAAGUUGAUGAUGUUAAGAUUGUGCAGAAAAUUCUGGUUUCUAUUCCGGAAAAGUUUGAAGCAACGGUGGCAUCUUUGGAGAACACUAAAGACAUGGCGAAAAUCAAAUUGUCAGAGGUUCUUUGUGCCCUUCAAGCGCAAGAACAAAGGAGGUUUAUGAGAAAGGAGGAGUCUAUGAGAAAGGAUGAAUCGGUGGAAGGUGCUCUAAUAGCAAAUGCAAAAAUAAAUUCUACAGGAAAUGAAAAAUUUGGUGAGCAAUCCAUUGAAUCGUGCAAGCAUUGUGGUAAGAAGGGUCAUCCACAUUGGAGAUGUUGGAAAAGACCCGAUGUUAAAUGCAGGAAAUGCAAUAAAAUGGGGCAUGUCGAGAAGAUUUGCAAAGAAAAGAAUACUGAAAAUGUUGAAAUUGAAGCGAACAAGGCUGAAGAAA